AGAAGUAGUCCUGGGUCUGCUUGACACCGGGGCAGCGGUCAGUUGUAUCGGAGGGAGUUUCGCAGAAAGGUUCAUAAAAAGCAAGGCAGACUUCAAGCGGAAAGGAACAACAGUGAGCACGGCUGAUGGUCAACGACAACAGUUUGUGGGAUCAGGAGGAUCGUACAAGCUCAUGAGGGAGCUAGGGCUCUUGGAGGAUAGAGAGAUUCGGUUAUCCCGGGAGGAUUCGUUGGAUUUAGUACGGGCCCAGGCUCAGAAGGUUUUAGCGAAGCAAUCGGAGAAGAAUGAAAGGCGGUACAACGCACGGUCCAGAGAGGUGACGUAUCGAGAAGGACAAGAGAUUUAUCGUAGGAACUUCAAACAAAGCAACUUUGCGGCGGGUUACAACGCCAAGCUUGGCCCAAGAUACGUUAAGGCGAGAGUUCGUAAGAGAACGGGUAAUUCAACCUACGAGCUGGAGGACAUGCAAGGGAGAGCAAUAGGCACUUACCACGCCAAAGAUUUAAAACAAUAGUCUACGCCUCCGUGGUUUAGCUAAACAGGAUCGUGUGAGACCCUGUUCUAGCUCUUGCGAAGGGGGCACUUUGUAACGUCGGCGUUAGAUCAGUGUAGGU